AUGUCAACAAAAUCUUCUGCUAAUGUUUCGUCAAUAAAACGAAAGGUACAAAUUGUCCAACAACCUUCACCAAUAUCAUCUCCUACACCAUCGAAACAAAUUAAAAAAGAGCCAACUAUAGAAAAACUUAAGACUGAACGUCAACAUGAAAUAACUGAAGAUGAUAUAAUACGUUCACGUCUUCUUUAUGAAGGUGAUCAAGGUAUUGAUGAUCGACGUAUAUUAACAUUAAUGAAAACAUUCAAUAAAUAUAUAUUUGAUAUAUCACCAAAUUCGGAUGAUAAUAGUUUAGUUAUCGAAAAAUUACUUUCUUCACUUUAUUCUAUUGAACAUUCACAUCGUCUUUUUCAAACAACUUAUCUUAUGGAUGAACGUGAACAAUUAUGUUAUGCUUCGAAAAGUAAACGUAUGAAUGAACAAAUAAUACAAUUACGUCAAGAACUUGAUCAAAGUGAAUUACGUUUAACUGAAGCUAAACAGAAACGUUUAAAUCUACUUGAAUAUGAUGCACGUGCAGCUACCAUUAAUAAAUUAGGUACACGUCGUGAAUUACGUGCACAACAAGCAGCGACAUUAGAAAGAAAACAUUAUUUCGAACAUCUACAACAAACAUUUGAAGCAACUUAUCAACAACGAUUGAAACAGAUUGCUGUUUAUAUGCGUCCAAUAUUUGAAUUAGAUGAAAUUUUAAGGCAAGAUGCUCAUGAAGAUAGUCCAACUGAAGGAUCAAGUGAAUCUCCUGUUGAACAAUUAACACAACCAUUGACUCCUGUUUUACCAACUACAAAAUUUGAAAGACAACGAACAAAUUCUGAUUCUUCAACAGCUUCAAUGGAUGCUGAUGAUACGAAUUCAACAGCACGUUCUAAAAGACAACAUAAAAAUCAUUUAGGAUUGAAUUUCCUAUCAAAUUCCUUAGCAAAUAAUCAGCCACAAGCAUUAUUCUCAACAGAAACAGAACUAUUUGGUUCACAACUUGUUAAUCCAUUGUUAUUAUUGUCUUCUUCGUCAAAUAUUUCUUAA